CAUAGUUACACUUGAUGAUGUGCGGCUACUUUUACGGAAACACGGAAGUCUCCAAAUUUCCAGCACACCCGUCACAUGACUGCCGCGAAAUGGAUGUCUGUUUAGCGGUGGCCUGAGUUGGACUGAAAUCGUCCAGGGUUGUCACAUUUGUGGCGUUGCAUCGUGCCAUGGAGAGAUUGGAAGCCACAUCACAGCUACAGUCGCGGCUGUCUUCACUGUCCUUCUCGUCUUUUCCGGGAACAACAUCCAAACAUUGCGAGAGCAACCCGACGGACAGCCUCCAAAACACAGACCUCUCCAAGAACUUAAGCCAGCCCCCAAAACAAGCUGAUAUGGAUGCAUCUAAGCAGCAAAAAGAGGCCAAUGACGAGGCUCCUGCUGAGCCUGCCUCAGGGGACCAGGGUGAGAAGAACACUGCAGGGAGCCUUCCGCUCUCCUCUGAGAUUAAAGCUGAGAUGCCGCCCCUGAAACCCCCGUCGACGUGGACAUCUGCUGCCCUCAAAGACCUCAAGGCCAAGCUACGAACGGAGAAGGACAGCGUGGUGACGGUGUACCGAGGCGACAUCAUGACCGUGCACGUGCCCACAGUGUCCGAAGCCAAAAAGGUGUGCUGGGAGUUUGCCACGGACGGCUAUGACAUCGGAUUCGGCAUCUAUUUCGAUUGGACUCCCGUCACGAGUCGGGCUAUCACUGUGCACAUCAGCGAAUCAAGUGAUGAUGAAGACGAAGAGGAGGAGCUAGAAGGCCCUGUCACUAAUGACGAUGUGGAGAAGGGCUCCAAAGCACAAAGCAACUCAAACCAGGUGGAGAUUGUACCCGUAUACCGUCAGGACAGCCACUUGUCCGUAUACGGCGGCACCCACGACUUUCCAGGCGAAGGCACUUACCUCUUCAAGUUCGACAACUCCUACUCCCUAUGGCGAAAUAAAACACUUUACUACAGAGUUUAUUACAGUGCCUAAAAUGCCAAAUCUUGAUGAAUGUAUGAUUUAGAGAAGGAAAUGAAUUACUGUUAAGAAUGCUAAAUUAUUUUUCAGUUACAUAUAUACUUAUGAUACAGAGGUUACAUAUAGGCAUAUCUAUUUUUUAUCACUCAGCUUGCGUUGCCAAAUGGUAAAUUUGACAAAGCCUUUCUUUUGCGUCUGUGCCGUCAAUAGAAAACUGUGACACAUCUAUAUGGUAGGAGUGAUCAGGGAAGACCUUCACAGACUUCCUAGCUGCUCUGCGAGUGCUCUAAAGACAUUAUUUACGCAUAUUUUUUUUUUAAAACCACACUUCUAUUGAAGAUAUGAUUUAAUACACAGCUGCAGCAUGUCAGCCGGGGACAUAAAUUAAGAAUGUACCGAAGCAAGCGAUGACAGAUAAUACAAUGUGUGUUUUUUAUGACAACUCCAGCCACUCGUUAUCACGUAAAGCUCUUAUUAUGUAAUAGUGAUUCAAUAUUUACAUAUGCCUGGUCCCCUGCCUUUAAUUUGCUGUUGAGGUUGACUAAAUGUAGUUUGUGCACAAGUCUACUUGAGUGAAGGUCGCUGUGCUUGUAUGUUCUGUGUGUGUCGCUCGUGCUUUUGUUCAAUAGUUGUCAUUUCAAACAGUCUUGUGUCAUUUCAUAAACUGUACUGUGUUUUAAAUUAUGUCAUAUGAAAUUUAUAUUCCACAAUAAAGAUAAUAU